GCAGUUUCGGGCGCCCAGGUUCUGCAGCCAGCGCCAAGCCGAGCCCAGCAUCCGCUGACUGACCUCAGUAGCCAGCGGUGGAGCGCGUAGCCGGGGCCAGGCGCGCAGAGCUCGGGGCGGCGGCGAGUGAGCACAACUUUGCAUCGCCCUUCCCCGCUUCGGCUCUCGCCCAGCACUUCUCCGGUGGGUCCCAGCAGCCGGGGCCAGUGCGUACGCCUCGGACCGGCACCCGAGCGGGCGGGGAAGAUGAUGAUGAUGUCCUUGAACAGCAAGCAGGCGUUCAGCAUGCCGCACGGCGGCAGCCUGCACGUGGAGCCCAAGUACUCGGCCUUGCACAGCGCCUCGCCCGGGUCCUCUGCACCCGCGGCGCCCUCCGCCAGCUCUCCGAGCAGCUCGAGCAAUGCUGGCGGCGGCGGCGGGAGUGGCGGGGGCGGUGGAGGCCGGAGCAGCAGCUCCAGUAGCAGUGGCAGCAGCGGCGGCAGCGGCGGGGGCUCCGAGGCGAUGCGGAGAGCGUGUCUUCCAACCCCACCGAGCAAUAUAUUCGGCGGGCUGGAUGAGAGUCUGCUGGCCCGCGCCGAGGCUCUGGCGGCGGUGGACAUCGUCUCCCAGAGCAAGAGCCACCACCAUCACCCGCCCCACCACAGCCCCUUCAAGCCGGACGCCACCUACCACACCAUGAAUACCAUCCCGUGCACGUCGGCUGCCUCCUCUUCGUCGGUGCCCAUCUCGCACCCGUCCGCGUUGGCGGGCACGCACCACCACCACCAUCAUCACCACCAUCACCACCAUCAGCCGCACCAGGCGCUGGAGGGCGAGCUGCUGGAGCACCUGAGUCCCGGCCUGGCGCUGGGUGCCAUGGCGGGCCCCGACGGCGCCGUGGUGUCCACUCCAGCUCACGCGCCGCACAUGGCUACCAUGAACCCCAUGCACCAAGCUGCUCUCAGCAUGGCCCACGCGCACGGGCUGCCCUCACACAUGGGCUGCAUGAGCGACGUGGACGCCGACCCCCGGGACCUGGAGGCAUUCGCCGAGCGCUUCAAGCAGCGACGCAUCAAGCUGGGGGUGACCCAGGCCGAUGUGGGCUCCGCGUUGGCCAACCUCAAGAUCCCCGGCGUGGGCUCGCUCAGCCAGAGCACCAUCUGCAGGUUCGAGUCCCUCACUUUGUCUCACAACAAUAUGAUCGCGCUCAAACCCAUCCUGCAAGCGUGGCUAGAGGAGGCGGAGAAGUCUCACCGUGAGAAGCUCACCAAGCCGGAGCUCUUCAACGGCGCGGAGAAGAAGCGCAAGCGCACGUCCAUCGCGGCGCCAGAGAAGCGUUCGCUGGAAGCCUACUUCGCCAUCCAGCCGCGGCCCUCCUCCGAAAAGAUCGCCGCAAUCGCCGAGAAGCUGGACCUUAAGAAAAACGUGGUGCGCGUCUGGUUCUGCAACCAGAGGCAGAAACAGAAAAGAAUGAAAUAUUCCGCGGGCAUUUAGGAGACACACUUUAGGCCUCUCCAGGGACAGGCCCCCUCCUCAUCUCUCCCCCCACCCCCAUCCCUCUUGCCUCUUUUCUUUCCAUUUUUCGCAACCAGAAAACAAUUCCAGUAAAUGUGAAUCCAGAGAAAGCGAGGAUUGGAGUGCGAGCGAACGCGUGAGCUACUGAGCCCAAGCCCGGUGAGAAUGUGAAACGAUUUCUCAAAGGAAAGAAAAACAAAAGAAGGGAUUUGUCAAGUUGUAGCAAAGUUGUCCCUUUCGACCCCACCCACUCGGAAAAGGCACCUCGGCCUCUUCAGAUGAAGUCUGGAGCUGGCUGUUUGCAGGAAGGCAGAUGAGACAGCCUUUUACAAGGCCCCCAGAAUGAUCAAGUAAGAUUUGUUUUUAUUCCUA